ACCACCAUCCAGGCCAAUAUGGCCGAUGGUCUGUCAUUCGGGUGACAUAUCUGACUCGAUUUUCGAUCUUGAAAACAUGUUUACGAACGGUUGAUCUUCACGAACGCAACAUGCUUUGCUCUCACGCUUGUAGAAGGAUAUAAAUUACGACGCCGGUUAAUCCGUUGCAACGAUUUCGCCUUGCAAGCAUUGUCGUCGUGUGAAAAUUAAUCGGAGGAAUAGCGGCGCAACGACAACGAUAUUGGUUACAUAUGUUGAUACAGUGCUAUGCAAAAGUCGUCGUCCACAAUACAAUCUCCAACAAAAAGUAUUUCGGUGGUUUCACAUUUAUCGUGACGAGGAGUAAGUACUGAAUAGUCGACGAAAAAUGUAUAAAUUUCUGAUAAAUUGGAUAAUCAUUUGUUAAAAAAUAAAGUACAUUCGACGAAAAUUAUAUCUUUCCAUCUCUGUUUAUGCCUCUCGAAGAUUGAUAGAAAAUAUCAUAAUAUUACUUAUGACAUAGAGAAAUUGAGAAUAAUUGUACGGUUUAUUUUAUUUGAUGUCAACAUAAAAUGGGGAACUCUGGCUUGAAACAACAUUAUGAGACUGCAAAGAAAACUGGAACAUUAAAACUGUCAGAGAGGAAACUCGACGAAUUUCCACAAAAUCUGUUAGCAUUGUCGCCAUUGCUACGCACGUUGGAUCUAUCGGAAAACAAAUUUGUUCACAUUCCAGAUGAAAUUGGGAAUUUUACAUUGUUAAAGCAACUGAAUAUUAAUCAUAACAGAUUGACCACUUUGCCCGAGGCGCUUGGAACAUUGACCAAGUUAGAAGCUUUAAGUGCAAGUUCGAAUCAAAUAAAAACUGUCCCAUGGUCUUUGUCUAAAUUGACGCGUUUGAAACAAGUCAAUCUGUCUGACAAUCGUAUAACCGAAUUCCCACCCAUGUUUUGCGAUUUAAAAUUUCUGGACGUACUAGACUUGUCAAAAAAUCGAAUUACGACAAUCCCCGACGCGGCUGCUGCGUUACAUGUGGUUGAACUUAACCUCAAUCAAAAUCAGAUAUCGACUAUAUCUGAAAAACUGGCGGAAUGUUCGCGCUUAAAAACAUUAAGGCUUGAAGAAAAUUGUCUGCAACUGAGUGCGAUACCCACAAAGAUUUUGAAAAAUUCCAAGGUCUCCGUUUUAUCGGUCGAAGGAAAUUUAUUCGAAAUGAAACAAUUUGCUAAUCUCGAUGGUUAUGAUAACUAUAUGGAAAGAUAUACAGCAGUAAAAAAGAAGCUGUUUUAAAAGAUAUUCUAUGAUAUAUUAUGAAAUUUGUUAUAAAUAAUAAUAAUAAUUAUAUAAUUGUUUGAUAAAGUUGAAAAGAAGCCGCAUCGUGUUCGCGCAAUUGUAUUAUAUUCGACACUUGCGAAAAAUAACGUAAUCU